AUGGGCGACGGUGACGUUGACGUGGUGGCCACCCUCAUGGCCAUGACCAGCUGCAGCGAGGAGCAGGCGGUGGGCUACCUCGCCAACGCCAACUUUGACCUCGCGGCGGCGCACUCGCUCUACGUGGCGGAGCACGAGCCCCCGCCGCGAGUGGCGCAGGGCGUGCCGUUGCCGUCUGAGGCGCCGGCCUCGGGUUCGCCAAGGCACACGACAGCGCCGUACCUCAUCAGCAGACUUGACGGUGGCGUGGGGGCAAGCCGCGAGUCACUUCCCACCGCCUCACCGGGGCAUCGGAGGCCAGUAGAUCCCUUCACCAUGCAAUUCUCGUCUCAGCCCGAUACGAGUUCUGAUGCCGACUCGACCUUUGCACUUUUCGCGCCGCCCCAGUUCGUUAACGAGACGGCCACAUCCUUUUCACGAUUCUGUGAGCAGGCGUUGGGCAGGGAUCAGUGGGUCCUGUUAAGUUUGCUUGGGGACAACUUUGCAAGUGUGCGCGUCAACAGAGACAUCUGGUGCUGUGAGGAAGUGCACGAGACACUUAACAUGUUUUCCAUCUACCAGAUCAGCGCGACUUCGCCGCGUGGGGCGCAGUUGGCCCACGGAUACCGCAUUGACGUGGAGCGGGACCUCCCAACCUUGCUCAUUGUAAACCCCCUCACCACAAAGAAGGAGACCCGAAUACCGUUAAACGUGAGGGAAUUAGCUAUUGAAGUGAGGGAGGUUGCGGAGACGCUGCUUUUGUUUGUGGCAGAACGGGGGUCACCUUCGCAGUGGGAGGAAAAGAAACACGCUGCGCGCGGCGCUGCGUCGCCCCCCGUUGAACUCCCCGGUUCCCCGGUUGUAGUUGAGGAUCACGCCGGCGACGCGCCUGAUGCUGUGGCCGCACAGCCCGCGCAGGAGGAGGCAGGGCCCGCGGUCGAGCUUGUUGACAUCAGCCCGUACCUAGCGGAGGAGCGCGAGGCGGGCGCCUUCUCCCUCCGCUGCCGGCUACCGAAGGGCCAGUUGACGCUGCAGCUCAAACCGGAAACCCCGGCGCGCCUGCUUGUGGAGUACUUGGCCUGCCGCGCCUACCAGGACCAGCCGGAGGCCUUCCCACGCGGCGUCCCCGCGUGCUCCCUGAAGGCCGGGUACCCGCCGAGGGAGGUGACGGUCCGGGACCGGGCGGUGCAGCUGGCGACGUGGGACGCGGUGCGCUCCGGGGACACGGUGUUUCUGCACAUCCAGUGA